AUGUCGGUACCUGCCGCACCAGCUCUCAACUUGGAGAUCGAUUCCGCGCAGGUAGGCUUCGCCACGCACCGGUCCGGCGAGGAGUCUUGCGCUAAUGGUCGCGAUUAUACUCAGAGUCCUCUGGAACCAGCUCUCAGCGUUGAGAUGAAGAAGGAUCUCGCUCGCAUCGGGUUCCACCGUCUAGCCCUUGGCAAGAACGACUUCGACAUCAGUGAUACAGCUAUUGAUUUUAAGACAGCUCCUGGACAUAUGGAGACGACCUACGUGGGCCACUACUCCUGGCUUGCGUCUUGGUUCCCGUACAAUCCUAACCAUAUUACAAUCUACUUCAUCUCCAACACGGAGAGUCAGAGCUUCUCGAUACCCGAGACCAUCCUGGUGCAGAACUUCGAAUAUUUCCAAGUUGCCCUCAAAAUCAAACCCUCGGAGUUGGAAUGGAAGGAGCAGGCCGAAAGGGAGUUCAAGCUACAGCGCAAUGAGGCUGGUGCUUUCGGAUUGAUCAUUAGCUUCCUGUUGACGGGAACAUUCCCGCAGCACCCUGACCCCAAGAUACGAUCGGCUCACGGCAUGAUUGACGACUUUAUCACCGCCAUUCGCUUAUCGGACUAUACAGGCCUGCGCUGCCACGAUCGUUUCGUUCACGCCUUAUGCUUGCGCGUCCGGCAAUUGCUGCUGGAGGACCGCACAGCACUGCAGACAGCACACAUCGGCAAGCUCUACAACCUCGCUGCCAAUUAUCCCCAACACCUCCGAGAACUUGCCAAGGUAUUUGCGCAGGCAGCAGUGAAGCCCUGGAUGCACUGCUGGAUGGCCAAGUCGACCAAGCCGGCGACGAUUUCUCGCUCCGUUGCCUACGAUGAACUUUGUGGCACUGACCCAGACGAGUGGCGUCGGGUUAUCAAGCACUACAUUCAUCUGGUUGACCACAACCACAAUUUCGCCGUCGACGUUGCAAAGCAGGUGCGCAAGACGAUGGAGGAGAGCAAGCGCCUCAACUCGAUCGCUUCAGCUACGCAAGAUGGCGCCAACAAGACGAUUCACAAGUUGCCAGAGCACGUCGACUACGUCACCUACCGGGAUCCCCUCGUUCCUGGCGAGGGUAAGGUGAAGACGCAGCUUUUCACAAUCUGAGAUAUGGCCACGCCGGACAUUAACUAACAAUUUGACCGGCAACGCCUUUGUAGGACGGCAGCGGUGACACGCAAGAUUGGAGUUGGACGCCUGCAGAUCAGGAUUGAUAGCAAGCUAGAUGCAACAGAUGCUGCGGUAUACACAGGUUGAACGUACGGUGGCCGUCAAACAAGUGGACCAAAUAUCUAGUGUCGUCGAGACGACUGUCGUUGGCAAACAGGAUAAGGGAAAAGCGGCUCCAUGAUUAGCUUGGAAUUGAGUCUCAGUUGUGAAACCCCUCGUUGGCGUUUUUUUCCCUGUGCAGUUUCAGAGUCAACUUAUCCGAUUGAAGACGGCGUGGUGACGGGCGUAUCAAUGGGAGGGCAUCACGGAAUGCAGAGUAGUAGAUGUAGGUUGGUUCGGAUGUUGAACAUGAACACACUCAAUUUCCAACGACUCAAUUCAAUAAUACAUUAUGCGUCCGAGAUGUUUG